UAUCAUCUCGAUUUGAAAACAAAUCCCCUGCCUCGGGCACGGAAAAAUGUUAGUGAGAAGUCGGCUCCUGAGCCUCCAAUUCGUUUCGCUCUUAUCACCACCUUCUUCAAAACCUGAACCUUUUAUCCUCUCACUGCGAAACAAUAUCGGCAGCUCAGCCUGUCGGAGCUUGAGCCAGGAUGUCUCAGCUCCAAAGACGACAACGAGCCGACCACCUUCCGAUACCACCCGGUUUGUCCGAGACGUCCUGUUCGUGCCACCUGGAGUCGACCCGGACGAGGUGUCCGAGGACAUGGUCCUACCUGGGUCGAACAUUGUGGUCGGACCCUAUGCGGGUGACGCCAAGAUUAAGCAGGUGGAGUUCGUGAAAAGCAGUGGCAGAGCCAAGGACUGUCCCAAAGAUCAUCGACCCGAGUUUGCUAUACUGGGUAGAUCCAAUGUUGGCAAAUCUUCGCUUAUUAAUUCCCUGGUUCGCAAAAAGGAAGUUGCUCUUACAUCUAAGAAACCAGGGAAGACUCAGCUUAUUAAUCAUUUUCUGGUGAACAAAAGUUGGUAUAUGGUGGAUUUGCCUGGUUAUGGGUUUGCUAAAACUUCAGAAGCUGCACGAAUGGAUUGGUCCUCAUUCACUAAAGGGUACUUUUUGAACAGGAAUUCUCUGGUUGCUGUCCUGCUUCUCGUUGAUGCAAGUGUUCCACCUCAAAAGAUCGACUUAGACUGUGCUAAUUGGCUUGGACGUAAUAAUAUACCAAUCACUUUUGUUUUCACGAAAUGUGACAAAACAAAGGGGAGCAAAGGAAAAAGGCCGGACGAAAACGUCAGGGAUUUUCAAGAGCUAAUCAGACAAAACUACCGGCAACAUCCUCCUCCAUGGAUCAUGACAAGCAGUGUUACUGGUUUGGGCAGAGAUGAGCUCCUCCUCCAUAUGUCACAGUUAAGAAACUAUUGGGACCAAUAGCAUAUUAGCCACUUUGUCAAACUAUCUUCUGAUGUCCAAUUUAGGAAAGAUGCUGCACAGUGAACUAGGGACCAGAAAGCAAGUGCCUAUUAGAAUUUUAACUGCUUGCUCUCGAUUUUCCUCAAAAACCGUUUUCGAUGAAUACAUGCGAGAUUUGUGAUUUAGCUCUGCCUCCGGAUAAAAAAAUUCUCUGUAUAUAUACAUAUAUAUAUAUAUAGUUGAAUGUUGUUUUUAA